AUGUUAUUCAAAUCGUUAGCUACUUAUUUGUCGUUGGUUACUUCCGUUUUGUCCAUCGCUACCAUUGAAGUCAAAGGUAAUGCCUUCUGGGACAGUGAAUCUGGUGACAGAUUCUACAUCAGAGGGGUCGACUACCAACCAGGUGGUUCCUCUGAGUUAGAAGACCCUUUGGCUGAUACUGAUGUCUGUGAAAGAGAUGUUAAAUACUUUACCGAGUUAGGUAUUAACACUGUUAGAGUUUACUCCAUUGAUAACACCAAAAACCAUACGGAAUGUAUGGAUACUUUGGCCAAAGCUGGUAUUUAUGUCAUCUUGGAUGUAAACACUCCACAUUCUUCCAUCACCAGAAGUAACGCCGACUGUUCUUACAACACCGACUACUUGCAAGAAGUUUUCGCUACUGUUUCCGAAUUUGCUCAAUUCGACAACACAUUGGGGUUCUUUGCUGGUAAUGAAGUUAUCAACGACGGUCCUUCUUUAGAAGCUGCUCCAUAUGUCAAAGCCGUUGUUAGAGAUAUGAAGACUUUUAUCAAGAAUAGAAAUUUCAGAACCAUCCCAGUUGGUUACUCAGCUGCAAGUGUUAACGAGUUAAGAUUACCAACCGGUCUUUACUUUAACUGUGGUGACGAUGAAAUGGCCAGAAUUGAUAUGUAUGGUAUCAAUGACUAUUCUUGGUGUGGUGACGCCAGUAUGACCACUUCUCAAUAUUCUCAACAAAUGAAGGACUUUGCCAACUAUACUGUCCCAUUGUUCUUCUCCGAGUUUGGUUGUAACUCUGUCCACCCAAGACCAUUCACAGAAAUUGAAGCCAUUUACUCUACCGACAUGUCUUCUGUUUUCUCUGGUGGUUUAGUUUAUGAAUAUUCCGAAGAAGCUUCCAACUACGGUUUGGUUGAAUUGGAUGGCGAUAAAGUCACCACCAAUGACGAUUUUGACAACUUAAAGGAACAAUUCAGUAAGGUCUCCAAUCCUUCUGGCGACGGUGACUAUUUGGAUGAAAGUGGUGCCAACAACUGUCCAUCAUUAUCCAGUGACUGGAAUGUUACUGAAGAUAUCCCAGAUACACCAAAAGGUGCUUUGAAGUACUUGAAAGGUUUAGUUGAACCAACUGGCCACGGUUUUGAUGCUUAUGUCCAAGAUAACUGUCAUGCCGCUGAUAAUGAUGUUGAUGACACUGGUAACUACACCUCUACUCUUGCUGGUUCUACCCAUACUUCUCCAGACCAAACUAGUUCACGUCAAGCUGAUUCUACUUCUACUACUACUUCCUCCUCUUCUUCAAAUGAUACCAGCUCUAGUUCAACCAAAAACGAUGGUGUCAUGGUUGCUUCAAGUGGUUUGUUGAGUAUGUUUGCUUUAGCUGCUGGUUUUGCCUUGAUUUAG